AAUGUAAGGACUAAGGACCAAACACAAGGAUAUGCUAAGCUCUGCUUUGCAUGGAUGCUGGAACUCAGCUGGGAGACGAGACUCAGCUGGGAGACAGGAAGAGACGGAGACGGAGAGGAUGUCGUGCGACCUUGUGAAUGCCAUGGGUGGCAGGAUUUCUCUGCAAAUCAGCUAGGUUUUGCACAUAGCUCUGAUUGGUCAAGUCAGAAUCUAUCUGGGCUGUGAUUGGUGCUGUCAGUCUGUGAAAUGAGUAUUUAAUGGACUCGACUGUGAAACAUCAGUACCUGAAAACCCAGAGAUUCAAAGCUGGCUUCCCUGCUGCCAUCGUCCGAGGUAUAUGGAAUCCUUCCUGUGUAUAACAUCAUGAGGAAGAUCUGCAUUCUAGUGGCCCUGUUGCUGCACUUUCCUGCUCCUGGGGUGUCCAACCUGAGACCUAGCAACUUCAUUCAUUACAGUUUCCCGUCGUCCUGGAAAGAGGCACAGGCCUUCUGCAGAAGACAAAACUUAGACCUGGUCACCAUCAGCAGUGAAAAAGAGAAUCUGAACUUUGUCAGUGGCCAGGGAUGGAUCGGUCUGUACCGAGAGAAUUCAACCUCUAAGUGGAAAUGGUCCAGAAGAGACGAGAUAGCCGACUUCACCAGCUGGGAAAUCAAUGAACCAAAAGAUGGUGAGGACUGUGCUUUUAAGUACAGCAAGGUACAACAAUGGGAGAGCGAUCAUUGUGAGAUCUCCCACAGUGUGAUGUGUAACAACGAGACGCUGGUUCUGGUGAAGGAGAACAAGACGUGGGAGCAGGCAUUAAAGCACUGCCGGACUCUGGAGGCGGUGGACUCGAGUCAGCCAGCCACUGUUUACCAGAACUACCGAUAUGACCUGGCCACCCUUCUCACUUCAGAUGACCACGUCUACGCACGAGAGAAGGCACAAGAUGCUACCACUAAUGAGGUGUGGACGGGCCUGCGUUACCUGGCUGGCCAGUGGCUGUGGGUGGGAGGAGAACAAGUGCAGUACCAGAAUAUUAAAAGUUGCCAGACUCAGACAAGCUGUGGCAUCCUGGUAAAGAACGGCACCACACAGUUUGAGACCAUGGACUGCAUGUGGAAAAGGAACUUCAUCUGUUACAAGAAGCCUUGAACAUAACUUCUCCAAUGAAUGUCAUUCUUUAAGAAAGUCUACUUCUUCCUUUCCAGUUUUAAUUCUGUGAUUACUGUAAGAUUUCACAACAACAUCAUCUUUUAUUAGGUGCAAAAGGUCAGGGUUAGGGUUUCAGAAAUCAUGUCAUCAGUCAUAAAA